UUUGCAGUGCGCAACGUCACUCGAAUGCUACGCAGUGCUGAAACCUAACACAAGCGAUCACUGAUUAAAAAAAGGGGGAAACUACACACACACACUCUUGAACACACUUUCACCCCUUCUAUCCAGCACAGCAACGUGACAAAAUCCCACAGAGACUGAAGAGCUCACUGACUGUUACAGAGACGAUACAGGAGACGACGAGAGACUUUGUGAGAGAGACCGACCAUGUCGGCACAGAGGAAGGGAGCGGCAGCCAAGCUGCGAAAAUGUGCCUUCUGCAGGACGAACCGGGACAAGGAGUGUGGACAGCUGCUAGUGUCAGACAACCAGAAGGUGGCAGCCCACCAUAAGUGCAUGCUUUUCUCCUCCGCCCUGGUUACAUCUCACUCAGACUGCAACGAGAACAUCGGGGGGUUUUCUGUCCAGGACGUGAGAAAGGAGAUCAAGAGGGGGAAUAAACUUAUGUGUUGGUCCUGCCAUCGGCCUGGUGCCACCGUUGGCUGUGAUGUGAAGACAUGUCGGCGGACGUAUCACUACUACUGCGCAGUAUGGGACAAGGCCCAGGUCAAAGAGAAUCCCUCACAAGGGAGCUACCUUGUGUAUUGUCGCAAACACCGGGAUGCCUCCCAGGAUGCCUCCCAGGAUGCCAGUGAAGAUGAACAGGAACAAGGAGGUGUUGCCAAUGACUCAGACUCCUCCCCUCCACGGAGUAGGGGGCGUGGGAGAUUAGAGAAAGAGCGAAUCAAAGUUGGAUCCCGUGGCCAAUCAGAGGACACACGCUCGACCUCCUCUCAAGGUGUAGAUGAUGAGAGCUCCUCGCAUAGGGACAGGUCCCCUCUGAGGGGCUCUGGGGAUGGUGGACAGCGCUGUGGCUUCUGCCACUCCGGAGAGGAGGAGAACGAGAUGCGGGGCGUGUUACAUGCAGAUAAUGCAAAAAAGGUUGCUGCACAUUACAAGUGCAUGCUGUUCUCAUCGGGAACCGUCCAACUCACUACCUCCUCACGGGCUGAAUUUGGGAACUUUGACAUCAAAACAGUCAUUCAGGAAAUCAAGAGGGGGAAGAGAAUGAAAUGUACCCUGUGUACCCAGUUGGGAGCCACUAUUGGCUGUGAGAUCAAAGCCUGUGUGAAGACCUAUCAUUAUCACUGCGGCCUGCAGGACAAGGCCAAGUACAUAGAGAACAUGGCUCGUGGCAUCUACAAGCUGUACUGUAAGAAUCACAGUGGGAAUGAGGAGCGGGAUGAGGAGGAUGAGGAGAGGGAGAGUCGCAACAGAGAGAGGGCGGCCAUUGAUCACGGGGGAACACUGCCUCUGCCUCCGCCACAAAUCAAUGGCAACUAGGUGAUGGUUAAGGAUUGCAGGAUAAGAAGAGGGGAUAUCCAAGAUGGAGCAAAGAUAUUUUUCUAUUGAGUUCUUCUUCUGAAGUAGGGGGCGACUGCCAGCCCCCUCAUUCACCAUUUCAGUUUCUUCAAACAUCAGACACACACACCCCUGCCAGAUGUGAACAUGUCAGCACCUGGCUUCUUCACAAACCUCUUUGGUAUUGUUAAGUUUCAUGGAUGAGAAAUGGCACGGAGGGACUGGAGUACUAAGAUAAAAACACUGCUGCUGGGUGGAAGACGAAGCAUGAGAGUUGUGGUCUUCCUGUAAUACAUGUUGUAUUGCUCUUAAAGAAGACAUGACUCAACAAAGUUAUCAACAUUCAUUGUAUCUUGCUUCCCAUGUGCCCCACAGCAUUCUAGUUCUAUACAAACAAUAUUAUUCUUCCUCUAGCUCUUCUUCAAGGAGGCUGCCUUGUAAUAUUGUAGAUUUCCCCCCAGUCUCUUCCUAAUCAUGGAAUUUGAUUUACUUUGUUGUAGCUGUAAUCUUCUCUCAAGAAAUUCCUUUUUUACUUCUCUAAAAAAAAGUGUAUUGUUUGACAACUGUAUCAUAAUCAUGAAUACUAUUGAAUAUUUGUGGCUUUCUUUUAUAGUCAAUCAGGAUUAAAGUUAAUCUGCUAGCAUGCAGCACUUUAGAUUGUUUAUUCGUUCUGUAUUGCUCCAACAUGCCCAUGCAGACUUCUUUAUAAGGAAAGAAUAUUGACUUUUUGUGCUAUUCUCAUUUUCUCAGCAUCCACAAUUGUAUUCGUGAAGGGUUACAAUUACAGGCUACAAAAUACAUUUUGUAUUACACUUA